UCAAAAUGUCAAACUGGAACUUGGUCCGUUAUAGCCGUAGCUGCAUUUCGCGGUUCAAAAAUCCUCAUCAGAAGAACUUCUUCUCCUUCUGCACUUCCAUUAACGAAGAAGGUCGAACCGCUCCGGUCCGACCGGGGCCGCCUCCGGUCCGGGUGGCGCUGACCGAGUCGGCUGGGCGAGGCGUGUUCGCCACUCGGAGAAUCGGCGCCGGAGAGCUCUUACACACGGCCAAACCCCUCGUGUCUCACCCAGCUUCUCUCUCUACGCUCCAAAGGGUCUGUUGUUUUUGCCUCAGAAAGCUCGGAAACAGAAACGUUUCGUUUUGCAGUGAGGAAUGCGAAGAACGAGCUAAGGCUUUUUAUGGUGUGGAGACGAAAGCGGAUUGGUCGGCUUAUGAUGACUAUUGCCGGUCUAAUGGUCUGAAAUAUCCACUUCUGGUAAAGCGGUUUGCAUGUAUGGUCAUAUUAGGUUCUGUAUCCGCUGACCUUCUUGACAUACUUCAGCCUUCUAGCUUGUCUCCUCAGAUGAUUUCAGAGAUGGAGAAAGGUUUUAACUUGUUAAAGAGCGCCUUCAAAGAGGCAAAUGUUGCUGAUGAAAAGAUGGCGUUUCUAACCAAACAAUGGUACACUGGGGUUCUGGCACGGAUUCGAAUUAACGCAUUUCGUAUUGAGUUGGCGGGAGAACCGUAUGAAGAUCUUUUCUUAGCAGCUGCAGCCUCUGUGGAAGCUGAAGCUGCUGUUGGAAAUGCGGUUUACAUGCUUCCGUCCUUCUAUAAUCAUGAUUGUGAUCCAAAUGCCCAUAUCUUAUGGAUAGAGAAUGCAAAUGCGAAAUUGACAGCCCUUUGUGAUGUUGAGGCAGGUGAAGAGCUCCGGAUCUGCUACAUUGACGCGAGUAUGAACCAUGAUGCUCGGCAAGCUUUCCUGUCGCAAGGGUUCGGUUUUCAGUGCAAUUGUCUUAGGUGCUUGUCGGGUGACUAAAGAAGUAUUUCAAAGAUGGGGAGAGCUCAAUUCAUGCGUGGGGUAUGGCAUUUAUCACCAUUUUCUUCAAGACAUUAGAAGCUCUUUCCCUUGUGGCCAAAGAGAACCAUCAAGGGGUAUCUCUGUGCUAGUAAAUUUCCGAGUCCAUUGGCAUCUCGGUUUUUUGGUUAUUCAAAAUGAUCUGCCUUAGUUUCAGUGAAGGAGAGCAACUUGGCGAAAGUAGUUAUGAUUGCUAAAUUUACAUGUAUUUGAAUAAAGUCAUUUUUUUUCCCUGCUUAAAGUUUGAACUUAGUCCUUGGAAAAUAGUGAUUGUUAUCACCAGUCUCUGCACUUGGGAGUGUAAGUUAGCAGCACUUGUAAAGUCUAGUUAUUCAUCCCUUCCAUUUUUGUGUAUGAAUAGACUGAGUUUUUCAUAAAAAUGGUUUAUUU